AUGAGCACAGAAGAUGGCGGAGAUAGACCCAAUCAGGGUUCUGAUUCCCUCUUCCAGGGAAAGCAGUUCUGGUUAUCGCAGAAUAUCCCGCAGAGGAGUAGGUUCAAGGAACUCAUUACAGAACAUGGCGGAAUUAUAAGACUACAAGAGAAAGACGCAGACGUCAAGUUAGUCGAUCAUAAGAGGAAGAACCUCCCUUCUGAUACCUACUCAUACAAAUACAUCGAAGACUCCAUCCGCAACAAACAAUUAGCAAGGCUAGAAGACUACCGCGCUGGCCCAUCACCGCAGCGCCCCGUGGGAGCUACUUAUAUCCCAAGCCGUGGCAUCAAGGUUAUCUAUUCCCUGGAAGAUGAUCAGAUGCUUUGGGACUAUGUCCAACAGUUUGAGGGAAAGACUGGGAUUGCUAUUAGUGGGAAUAAGAUUUAUCAGGAUUUGGCGGCGAGAAACCCUAGACAUACAUGGCAGUCAUAUCGUGAUCGAUAUCUGAAGAGGUUACGUGGACGCCCUCGGCCAGGCGGUAUGGCGGGGUCUGCGGCCCAGACAUCAGACGCAGGGCCUAGUUCGUCAGCUCGGGAUCAGGAGCCCGCCAGCAGUCAUCGACAGUCGCCAGCUUCUACUACAGGCCGGGUUCCAAUAGUACAUGAGAUCAUGGUCGACAGAACUUCUUCAAGAGCUCCUAGUACGACUACGGAAGAACAGCCCCGGCAGAGAACGGAGCCAACUAUCAACAAACCGGAUGAGCGAAAGCGAAAGAGAUCAUCUAAUAUCGAACCUAUUGAUCGCCCUCAAUCCAGGCAGCAGGGGUCACCAGAACAAAAGAGAAGAAAGGCCCCAAAGCCCACGCCACGAGAAACUCGAAUACCAGAAACAACCCGCCAAACCGAAGCCAUGAAUCACCAUAGAGACAAAGAACAACAAGAUCAUUCAAAGCAACCCGAACAACCCGAGAACGAAGUCGACAGCCUAUUUCUAGAACUUCCCUUCUUCCCCGCAACUCCGACCUUAGAACCCGAAGAGGAACAAAGCUCACAGCCCGAUAUCGACGACUGGAUCGAUGAUCAUGUACGUAGUGGCAGAGCACAGAACGACGCACAGGUGAUCGAAGCCCUACGCUGCACGAGCAUGGACCCAAGCCUAGCUGAUAAGAUCCUGGGUAAUCUGGUCGCCGGGAAGGGGAUACCGGAUGAUAUGCCGGGGGUGUGGACAUCGGAAGAUGAUAGGUGCUUGGAAGGGGCUAAUGCCCGGGAUAUUGAACGCGUGCUGGAGAAGCAUGGGACGGAUUAUUUCAAUGUAAGAUGGGAGUAUCUUGGUUUGGCGAGGGAUGCAGGGCUUGAGAAUCCUGAUGAUCAAUGA